AUGCGGCACUUAGUACAAAUUGGAACAACAUCGGAUGGAACGAAAGUCAAUGAGUUUUUGGGAAUUCCAUUCGCCGCACCACCAGUUGGAAAGUUGAGAUUCGAGAAACCUAAACAACCAACAACUUGGACGAAACCGGUGAACGCGACCACUUACUCAAAAGGAUGCAUUCCGUGUGCGAAACCAGGCACCGCCGCCGAGCGAGCGCUCGUCAGCGAGGAUUGCCUUUACUUGAAUGUUUGGACGCCGAAUUUGCAGGGUCAAAUGCCUGUGUUUUUCUUCAUCCAUGGUGGAGCCUAUGAGAUUGGGAGCGCCUACGAUUUUGAUGCUGUUGCCUUUCGAGAGAGCUAUGCAAGAAGAGGCAUUGUCAUGGUAUCAAUCCAAUAUCGACUUGGGCCAUUUGGAUUCCUCACUCUAAACGACUCGUUGAUCACCCCAAAUCUUGGCCUUUGGGAUCAGGCUUUCGCUCUUCAAUGGGUGCAAGCGAAUAUCGGGAGUUUUGGAGGGAACAGCAAGCAAGUGACAAUUAUGGGCCAAUCGGCCGGCUCCGAGUCGUGCAGUCAACUCACUUUGUCGCCGAAAACACAAAAUCUUUUCCAACAAGUCAUUCAAAUGAGCGGCUCGUCAAUUGCCGCAAAUGCACGGGGAACAAACAAUUUGGAAUUCUCGAAAAAUUGGACAACAAGACUUGGAUGUGAUUUAAAAACGGAUUAUAAAACCUGUCUACAGUCGAGGACGGUUGACGAGUUUUGGACGGUGCGAUCGAACAAUUUAUGGGGAUGCGGUCCCGAUGACCUCAACUUUUUGGGUUUUGCCCCAAUCAUCGAUGGGGAUUUCUUACCAAAACAGCCAGAAGAUGCACUGAAGACUGUGCCAAAAUAUCCAACAAUUUUCGGGUUGAAUCAAGUGGAAGGGAGAUCUUUCACUAUCCAAGUCUACAUCAUGGCUUUCGGGGGCUAUUCUUCCACGGAAGCUGAGCAAGCCACUCAAGACAUUUUGACAUAUUAUCAAAGAGGUCAUAAUCCAUUCGAUGCACGAUUUUGGGUGGAGAGAUAUGUGGAGACUUACUCCGAUUGGUUGAUGAAUGUGCCCGUUUUGCGAGAAGCGGUCGCCAAAUUACAAGCCGGUUCACCGGUGUACGCUUUUUUAAUGGACUACGACAAUCCGAAUACGUGGCCGAUCAAUAACCCAGCUCAAGGCUCAACUCAUACCAGUGAAUUCCCGUACACCUUCGGAAUGAUGGCUGAUUUCAACUACACUCAGGAUGAUUUGAUUGUCGAGAAAUACAUUCAAGACGCUUUUGUACAAUUCCUCAAAACUGGAAACCCUUCAAACACUGCGAUGCCUUGGAAUCCAUUUACACUUGAAAAUCACGAAUAUUUAAGUCUGAAGCCAAAGCCGGAGAUGAAAAAUGAUUGGUUUGGUGACAGCUACCGUUUCUGGACGAAUUUCAUGAAGAAAUACAAGUACGAUUGGAUCACUUAUCAGAAUUGGACA